AUGGCGACUCCAAAGCUCAUUAGCGCUGCGGACGAGUCCGGCAUCAUCUGCGUGUACAAGGACGGCAAUCCCAAGAUCAAGAGCCGCAGCUACUUCCGCACCGUGCUCGACGUGUUCCUCCCAGCUGGCUACCCGCACACGGUUACACGUGAUUACAAGACCUACCAAAUCUACGACUCGCUCCAGGCCUUUUCUAGCACCAUAGCCGGACUGCUGUCGUCGCGGGCCGUCCUCCAGGGCUUCGGUGUAGGCGACGCGGCGUCGUCGGCCACGGCGGCGGUGCUGCUGACGGUGCUGCAGGAGUCGACGGGCCGGCUGGCUACGAUCCUGUUCGCCCACCGGCUGGGGCAGGCCAUCGAGCCCGAGUGCAAGUUCUACCGCUUCCUGGCCGACAUCUUCAACGACGCCGGGCUGUUCCUCGAGGUGCUGUCACCGGCCCUGCCGCACUACGCCAAGGUGCUCGCCCUGUGCGCGUCGGGCGUCCUACGCGCCCUAUGCGGCGUCUCGGGCAUGAGCGCCAAGGCCUCGCUCAGCGCCCACUUCGCCCGCAACGGCAACCUGGCCGAGCUCAACGCCAAGGACGGCAGCCAGGAGACCGUCGUCAGCCUGCUGGGCAUGCUGGUCGGCAGCCUCUUCGUCCGCUACGUCGAGAGCCCGCUGGCCGUCUGGGCCUGGAUGCUGGCGCUCGUCGGCGCCCAUCUGUGGACCAACUACCUGGCCGUGCGCGGCGUGCAGAUGCGCUCCCUCAACAAGCAGCGCGCCACCGUGGUCGUCACCGAGUUCCUGCGCACCGGACGCGUGCUGCGCCCCGACCAGGUCGCGGCCAAGGAGAAGAUUCUCAGCUGGAAGGCGCCGCGCGUCGACUUUGCCUGCACGUACCCCCGGCUCGGCGAGAUCAGUCCCAGUGACCUGCAGGCGUUCGACAAGAUGGAGUAUGUCAUCGUCAGCGGCACCGGCGGUCAACGAAUCUACCUCAAGAACGGCGCCUCCACCAUCGACGCCCUGGAGGCGUGGAUCACGGCUCUCAAGGGCCCGAGAUCGGUCGUGGAUGAGGAUUUCUGGAAGGCCAUUGCGAGUGCGGGAUGGGAUCUGGAGACGAAUGCCAUGGAGACGGGUCCCGCGGUUCGGAUCGUGGUGGCAUAG